AUGGUGGUCUUAGAGGUGCUGGUGUUAGUGCUUCUUCCUCAGGCAGUAUGCCAGCUUGCUCCCCUGAGAUGUAUUUCCAGUGAUCCUCUUCCUCUUCACCAGAAGUAUCAGUCAGGAGACCUCUUAGUCGGUGGAAUUCUUUCUCAGACCUUCUAUUUUUUAAGUGAAACAAAAUUUGAAGAGCGCCCUUCUCCAAAACUGUUCUUUGACCUUGUGUAUUUCCGUUCAGGCACAAUUUUGCUCGCUUCCCUGGAGCUUCUCUCUACUAAGGACCAGUUCUUCCCUAACUAUAAGUGCGAUGCAAGGAACAAAGUGAUUGCUGUCAUUGGGGGACCAAAUUCCGAUGUGGGUAUGAAUAUGGCAACGAUUCUGUCCCUCUACAAAAUGCCACAGCUCACAUAUGGGUCUGCCCUAAUAAAGGAUGGUGACAUUCAAGGAGAGUAUUUCUACCAGUUGUUUCCAGAUGUGGCCCUGCAGUAUGAAGGGAUUCUGCAGCUGUUGCUUCAUUUUAGGUGGAUGUGGACUGGGCUGCUUUAUCUGGAUGAUGACAAUGGAGACAGAUUUGUACAGAAUUUUAUUCCCAAAUUUUAUGAGAGUGGCAUCUGCUUUGACUUCAUAAAGACGUUUCCACCUUCAACCUUUACUGACAUAAGCAUUCAUAUGGAGAAAUGGAUAGAGAUGAGCAAGGUUCUUAUGUCUAGUACUGCAAAUGCUCUCAUUGUAGCCGGGGAAAUCCAGACCACGACUAUUUUCAGAAUGAUGCUGCAGUAUUCCCAAGUGGAAGGUGUAUCACUGAAGACCAAAGUGUGGAUUAUGACAGCUCAGAUGGACCUUGCAACAUUUAUCUUUCCAGAUAUGUCAGACACAGAUUUUUUCCAUGGUUCUCUAUUGUUUGCAACACACUCCAAGGAGCUGCAGGGCUUCCGGACAUUUCUUCAGACCAGAAAUUCUGCUUUGGCAAAUGAAGAUGGAUUUAGUAGAGUUUUCUGGAAACAUACGUUUGACUGUUCAUUCCCUGCUUCCAAGGUAGACAAUAUGGGAAGCAAAAUCUGCACUGGAGAGGAGAAACUAGAAACCCUUCCUUCAUCUGUUUUUGAACUGAGCCUAACCAGCCAAAGCUAUAGUAUUUACAAUGCUGUAUAUGUUGUUGCUCAUGCCCUGCAUGGGAUUUACUUAUCCAUAUCCAAGCAGAGAGGAAAGACAGAAGAAGGAAGAUGGAACAUUUUGAACCUACAACCAUGGCAGUUCCAUCCUUUUUUGAGACGUGUCUCAUUCAACAACAGCGUUGGGGAGAAAGUUUCCUUUGAUGAAAAUGGGUCAUUAGCAGCUGGCUAUGAUAUUAUAAAUUGGGUUGCAUUCCCAAAUCAAUCCUUUCUCAAAGUGAGAGUUGGAAAAAUUGAUCCCCAGGUUCCACCUGAGAAAAUGCUCACGAUUCGGGAAGAUGCCAUUGCAUGGCCCUGGAGGUUCAAUCAGGCACGACCGCUUUCCCAGUGUAAUGAUAAUUGCGCUUUGGGCUCUAGUAAGGCCAAGAAGGAAGGAAAGCCAUUUUGUUGUUUUGAUUGUCAGCCAUGUCCAGAAGGGAAAAUCUCAAACCACACAGAUAUGGAUGACUGUACUCCAUGCCCCCAGGAUCAAUAUGCAAACGAGGGCCAGGAUGCAUGCCUUCCAAAAGGCAUAAGCUUCUUAUCUUAUGAAGAGCCUUUGGGGAUCAGUUUGGCUAUUCUUGCUCUUUUCUUUUCUUUUCUCACAAUUUUGGUGCUUGGGAUCUUCAUGAAACACCAGGACACUCCCAUAGUCAAAGCCAACAACAGAAACCUCACCUACACUCUCCUCGUCUCCCUCCUGCUUUCCUUCCUUUGUGCUUUCUUAUUCAUUGGUGAACCCCAGAAGAUAUCUUGCUUUCUCCAACAAACGGCUUUUGGUGUCAUCUUCUCCGUGGCUGUUUCCUGCAUGUUGGCCAAAACCAUCAUCGUGGUUCUUUCCUUCAUGACCACCAAGCCAAGUUCUAGGAUGAGGACAUGGCUUGGGAAUAGAUUAACAGCUUCCAUUGUCCUUUCCUGCUCUUUUAUUCAAGCCAUUAUUUGUACUGCAUGGCUGGCCACCUUUCCUCCUUUCCCAUAUUUUGACAUGUACUCAGAGACUGAAAACGUUGUUCUGGAAUGUAACGAAGGUUCUACUGUUAUGUUUUACUCUGUCCUGACCUUUAUGGGUAUUUUAGCCUUCGUUAGUUUCACUGUAGCAUUCUUAGCUAGAAGGUUACCAGACAGUUUUAACGAAGCCAAGUUCAUCACUUUCAGCAUGUUUUUGUUUUGUAAUGUUUGGUUGUGCUUUGUGCCAACCUAUCUGAGCACCAAGGGGAAAUAUAAGGUGGCUGUGGAGAUCUUCUCCAUCUUAGCCUCUGCUGCUGGUGUCCUCAUUUGUAUCUUUUCCCCCAAAUGUUAUAUUAUUGUGAUGAGGCCUGAACUGAACAAGAGAGGAAAGCUGAUGAGGAAGACAUAUUGA